AAUUUCUCUAUAUAAGCCAAUUCGUUCUCCCUCCACCAAUGACUCCUAUCACCAAACCAAAAUCUUGGAUUCUACGGGUCAGGUUUAACUUGACUACUCCCAAGGAGAGUGUCCGAGACGGAAAUGGCUGGGAUUUUUGCAUAUGCUGUUAUCUUUCUCAUAACUGUAGUCUUAUAUAGAUUGUUAAGAAGGGAAAAGAAAGAAUCCCAAGGAAGAGCUGAGGCUGAGCUUCCUCCAGGGUCAAUGGGAUGGCCUUAUAUAGGAGAAACUCUCCAACUCUAUUCUCAAGACCCAAAUGUGUUUUUUGCUGCCAAGCAGAAAAGGUAUGGAGAGAUUUUCAAAACACAUAUCCUAGGCUGUCCUUCUGUUAUGCUGGCUAGCCCUGAGGCUGCUCGCUUUGUAUUGGUAACUCAAGCUCACUUGUUCAAGCCCACGUACCCCAAAAGCAAGGAGCGUCUGGUUGGUCCAGCUGCGCUGUUUUUUCACCAAGGAGACUACCAUACUCGUCUCAGGAAGCUGGUUCAAGCCUCAUUGUCCAUUGAAACAAUUCGGAACUUGGUGGCAGAUAUCGAUGCCCUAGCAGCCUCUGCUUUAGAUUCUUGGGAUGGGGGGCGUGUUAUUAACACUUUUCAUGAAAUGAAAAAGUUUUCUUUCGAAGUUGGCAUACUAUUGAUUUUUGGCCGUUUGGAAGCUCGAUAUAGGGAGGAGCUUAAGAAGAACUACUUCAUAGUUGACAGAGGCUACAAUUCCUUCCCUACAAACGUCCCUGGAACUCCAUACAAAAAGGCAUUACUGGCAAGAAAGAGGUUGAGUAAGAUUUUGAGUGAUAUCAUAUGUGAAAGGAAGGAGAAGAGGUUGCUUGAAAAGGAUCUUUUGGGUUGUCUACUGAAUUACAAAGAUGAAAAAGGGGAAGUCCUAACUUAUGAUCAAAUCGCGGAUAACAUCAUUGGAACACUCUUCGCUGCUCAGGACACCACUGCCAGCGUCAUGACAUGGAUUGUCAAGUACCUCCAUGACAAUCCGAAACUUCAGGAGGCAGUUAAGGCUGAACAGAAGGCAAUUAGAAGACUGAAUGAAGAAGGCAACCAGCCGCUGAGUUGGUCACAGACAAGGAAUAUGCCAGUUACUUACAAGGCUGUAUUAGAGACAUUAAGAAUGGCAAGCAUCAUAUCCUUCACUUUCAGAGAAGCAGUUGCUGAUGUGGAAUACAAAGGAUACCUCAUUCCAAAAGGUUGGAAAGUAAUGCCUCUGUUCAGAAACAUUCAUCACAAUCCUGAAUUUUUUACUGAUCCCCAGAAAUUUGAUCCUUCCAGGUUUGAGGUUGCCCCAAAACGCAACACUUUCAUGCCAUUUGGCAGUGGAGUGCAUGCCUGUCCUGGAAAUGAGCUUGCAAAGCAGGAGAUGCUUAUAAUGACCCACCACUUGGUUUCCAAGUUCAGGUGGGAAGUGGUAGGAUCCCGAAGUGGGAGUCAAUAUGGCCCAUUUCCAGUCCCUCUGCAAGGACUCCCCACCAGAUAUUGGAAAGAAUCUACUAGGUAGAAGGCAACAUGGAUGUGGAUUGUAAUAAUAGCUGUGAUGCAACGCGCCUCCCCCUCCUCAUUCCCUCUUUUAGUCGCUACAGUGAAACUUUUAGCCUGGCAGUUUUCAUUUUUACCAUCCAAUUUGUAGCCCAUCCCCUUACAAGAUCUUACGGGAUAGUAAGUUGUUUCCCAUCCACUAUUUCAGUUUUAGUUCAUUCUCAUUGUCAUUCAACGCCCCUUAUAUUUUUUCUUGUAGCGGCAAGCAAUUUGUAACUCCGUAUUUGAUAUCUAUGGUAAUUGAAAGGUUUCCAUUAGCAAACAAGUACUAUUCCAAGUUUCACAUUUAUCUGCAAUUUCAGAAAGGAGAAACAUCUUGUUUUAGGUCUCCAUUGCUUGCCGUUUUCCAUAAAUCAUGUCCACUUUUGCCGUACCCUUGGAGCUCUCUGCCAGAGGCUGCCAGGGAGCCAUGUGUCAAACCACAAUGGGCUGAGUUGGAAUGGGGGAUGCCUCCGGCUGGCGUUCACCUUUUGAAGGACACCAAGUUGGUUGACUACAGUUUGUGCUGUCUCCCUUAUGGACACCACUAAUUAGAUGUGGCUACCAGAGCUUGAUAGCUUUGAACCCAUUGUCAUUUCAGUCUUGCCAGCAGCUUUGGCCGUGAUAUUUUAAAGGAUCCUGUACUGAUGUAGAAUGGAGGAACUUCCAGCAAACACAUUUACCUUACCCUGCUUAUUCAAUUGAGUUCCUAACGCCUGUUCGGUUGUUUUCUUUCCUUCUCAUCCUUCGAAUCUGGCAUAAGAAGGUCAAGAAAAGUUAUCUCCACAGCACUUUAUAUGUUGAUUGAAUCCUACUUAACCAUUGUCAUUGGAAAAUCUUUCUGCAAGCCAUCAGAUUGAAGUUUGAGCCAUAUCAUGCGUUGGUCUGGUCAGUUGGCAAGGCAUAUAUCAGUUGUACAUGGUUUUUCCGUCAUAUGAAUCAUUCCAUAUUCCUGAUCAUUCAAUUUCUAG